AUGGAUUGCGCAGCGAAACAGCGAGCCUCGACUCGUGUCAUCCAAGCUUUUCUGCGUCCUCACACCACCGCGACCAUCAGACACAGACCAAGCUCUUUCUCGAUACACCAGCACCAUCAGCGCAUACGCCAUGCCUCCUCAACAUCCGACCCGUCGAAGCCCAUCGUUCUCGAAAAGCCAGAUAAAUUCCGCCCACCAUCACAUGCAGCACGUCGCAAUGCGCGCUCAACGACAGGCAUGUAUGGCACAGGAGCAGCUUACAACCAAGGCAUGACGGUAAAGGAGCGGGAGCAGAGUCAGAGGAAGCAGUAUCCGCAUAUGUUUCCUGCAGAGGGAACGAGGAUGCAUUGGUUCUUGACGAACAAGAACAUUCAUCUGUUGAUUAGCAUGGGCGUACUGAUCACCCUCGCAAUCACAACCAUGAUCUCAACCUGGUCACAAACCUCACCCUACGCCCAUCUCAUUCCACCAAUCAACAUGCUCAUCUGGCAUCCCUGGAAAUACUUCUCCGACCUCUACAGCGUCUGGCACCUUCAUCACGAAUAUGAGACGCAAAAAGUCUGGGAACGUCGUCAGCAGGGUACUCUCGACGCACAGAAACGCAGACUCUACCGUCGCGCACACGGAAUGGAGGAUCUCGACGCGGAUGAGGGGGAAGGUGUAGAUGUACGAGGAUUAGUCGAGUGGGAUGAUGGUUUGACGAAUCCAGAAAGAGCACGAGGUGGUAUCAGGCACGAGAUAGUGAUUGGGCAGAGGAUGCAGGAAUUGGGACAGAGGCCGAAUGAGACGUUGCCGGAAUUGCAGGAGAGGCUGAGGAGGGAGCAGAUGGCGGCGAGGGAGGCGAAAGAGGAGAAGAAGAGGAGGAAGGCGGAGGAAGAUGAGAGGGCGGAAGAAGAGCGAUUGAUCAGGAUCAGGGCGAGGAGGCUGGACGAUGAGGAGAGGCCGAGACGAAAGGUGUGGUUUGGAAUCUGGGGCUGA